AUGACAGCACGGAAACCAAAGUUAUGUGAGGGAUGCCACUUUGAAAUAGGAGGUUCAUAUUUGCCUAAGCCAAAACUGAACAUUCCAGACUGUAUCAUUGUUUACAUAGAAGGUGAUACUUCUCUGUAUUCAGUAAACAGCAGCACAAGGGAUGAUCGGUGUUUGGUUUUGGUACAAGGAACAAAUUGCCUUUGUUACCAUGAGACAUGCAAACAACAACGAGCAAUCCAUUUAAGUUCUUCUUCAGGAAGGCCGUUUGGCUGUAAACACAGUGAGAAGAUAGUCAGGAAGCCGCAAGAGCCAUUAGAAAAGUAUUUUUUAAGUGAUGAAUCCAUCAGAACCUAUCCAGCUGACAUUGGCACUCAAGAAACUAUAUUGUCUCUAAUGAAGAGAUUGUCGGCAUCACAAGCUGUUGCCAUGAAAGUGUCUGACAAAAAUUUUGUGGUUUAUGGAAAAGCAUCAACAUCAACUCCUAUAUGCUAUACACAUGUUCAAUGCAACAAGGUAGGAUUUGUUUUAAUAAAUGUUGUUUUGAGUUUUUCUAUAGUGCGAGGUAUGAAAAAAAGUGUGAGGCAUGAAAAAAAGUGCGAGGCAUGAAAAAAAGUGCGAGGCAGAUGUGCCAGUGGGAGGCAGACACAAUGACUGACUCCAAAAUUUGACGAUAUUUAACAUAUUGAACAUACUUAACUUGACGCUGAACAAACAAACAAAUGUGAACGACAUUCUAGUUUUAAUAACAGUUCUGUGGCUUACUGUAGUUCACGAAACGAAACGAAACGAAAUCUGUACGUUGCGAAACUGUAAUUUGCGAAAUCUGUAAUUUGCGAAAUCUGCAGUUUGCGAAAUCUGCAGUUUGCGAAAUCUGCAGUUUGCGAAAUCUGCAGUUUGCGAAAUCUCUAGAUAGAUUGCUAUUCAAAUUUGCAGUUUGCGAAAACAUAUAGCAGAAAGUAAAAAAAUGUUUACCUUUUCGAAAGUUUUCGAUGCGAUCACCAACAUUUUUAUGUCAAACCUCGCGGCUGCGAUCCACUUGACCAUCUGAAGAAUUUCCGGGAAAAUCCCAUAGUCAGGGCAACAUUUCCAAUCAAUUUGCUGGCAAUGGUGUAUUUUCAAUCUUAAACUUUUACAUUUUGCAGUCUCAGACAUAUAAUUAUAUAAAGAAGUUUAUUUGACACUGCCACUGAAAUAUAACUAAUACAAGUAAAGCAAUUUAUUGGGAUAACGUUUUAUCGCAAUUAUGACUUCGUGUAGUCAGGUAGGUUCUUAAUUAACUAGGUUAACUUUCACAGAAUUUAAUUGUACUGUUGACGCCUCGCCCUCCGAACAUGUGAACAUUUUUUAUUUUACCCUAAACUACAGAUAUUUCGCAAAUUACAGAUUUCGCAAACUACAGAUUUCGCAAACUGCAGAUUUCGUUUCGUUUCGUAAACUACAGUUUCGUAAACUACAGUAAGCCCAGUUCUGCCUAUACAUUAUAGUUUUAAAUAACUACAGCACUCCAGUCAAAACGUCAUUAACCUAGACAAUAGCUCAACAUGUGACAAGCUUCACUAAAAAUUAUGGAAUAUUAACUAUUUUGCAUUGUUCAUCUGUCAAUUGAAAAACUACAUUCAUACAAACUCGAUAAGGUUUUAUAUACGAAUUUCUUGGUAAUUUGGAAAUGCAUUCAAACCAAGGGCCCAAGGGCAGUAGAAAAAAAGGCUCGUCAGUACUCGCGGGAUUACCUCGCAGCCUUCCUCGCAUCAGUCGCAUGCCUCGCGGGCUUGCCAUUGCCUCGCAGUUUGUGUGCACCCUUUUGAUCAAGAUGGUGGUGUAGUUGGCUUUCAGGCUAUAUAGUUGUUGGUUUUUCAUUUGUUGCGUCUUUUUCACAUUAUGAAAGUGGUGUUGACUUGCAGUAACAGUGUAUUGUAAGUACAUAGCUUUGAAUGGAAAUCUCAUUGUUACCAUGACUCCAUUUGGGAUUAUAUCAGUUAGAUUACAUCAGAAAUUAGUUUUGUCAGUUAAAUUUUGAUAUCAGCUGUGUAAUCUCAAUGUAAACUCAUGUACAAAAAAUUCCUCAUUUAUAUAAUCAAUAGAUAUGAAUAUAUAGUAUGCCCAUUUAGAGUGACAAUAGCUAUUACAAUUAUUAAUUAAUCAUACAUUUUCAAAUAGUGCCGCUGACCACCCUAUAGUCUAAUGACGUACGUAAACUCACUUAAAGUACUUAAUAUAAAGGGUACCAUAAAUCAAAUUAAAUGCACAUGUAUGUAAAUUUGGAGCUAAUGUAUCAGUUUGUUUGUCCAUCUCUAUUUUUUGUCAGGACAACUACAUCUGGUCCUCCAAAGACUGCAAAAGUCGUGGUGGCAACACAAAACAAUUGAAGUCAAAGAAGAUCUGCCUACAUGUACAUGUUUUGCUGUGUGUUCUAAGAGAACAUGUUAAACCAACAGUAGACCCAACUCCAACAUCCCCAGAAGAAAUUGCUGAACCUCGAACUAGCUCAGUUUGUCGGCAAAGAACUGUGCACUUAAUGGCUCGGUGUUCCCUACCAUACCCAGUGCCGAAAGAAUUUAUAAGCAAGUGCAGAAAAAUUGAUGCCUGGAGUACUGCAGGGAUAGAAGAUAAAUCAUGGCCAUCUUCAUUUAUACCUUCACAAGAAUCAUGUGAACUGUGCGGGUCUCAACUGAGCUUACCUAAAACGAAGCCAGGCUCAGAUGGUAAAGCCUUUCUCAUGACACAUCAGCAUAUGUUUCUUGUGGUUCAGGUAUUGGUCAAACUCUGCAAAAAUCCAGAAUGCCAAGCAAUGCAUCGAGUAUGGCCUUUGAGUGAUG